UGUAACUUUAAGCGCCCAGGCUCUACUCGAGUACUUAUUCCACGAUGCUGGAUGACUCUUCAGGUUGGGGAGAACCUGAAUCUUCUGCGCCCUAAAGCGCCGCCAGAAACAGUCCGUGACGACUGGGAAGACGACGACGACGAGGAUGAGCCUCAGGAGGAGAAGAACAAGAAGAUAUGGCACAAGGCCAACCGUGAGGCUGCUGCGCCCAUGCCAACCUUUAUCGUAUCAUCUUCAGCAAUGGCGUCUCCUCCGCCCAUUGCUGCAUUUCAGCCGGCGUUCAAAAUACUUAAGCGACCGGUAAACAGCUCCGAAGGAUCUUCUUCACCUCCAUUUUCCCCUCCGAAAGACUCCCUGGAAGAUAGGGAAGCUCGUUAUCAAGUUGCUCGAAACAGAAUUUUUGGUGUCACUACCAGUCCAACGGCUUCUAGCUCUGAUACAAAUUCAAUCCAUCUUGUUGCGAAAAAAGACGUUGUCGUCAUUCGCAAUCCACGAGGACCGGACGAAACUCCUUCCACAGACACAACUCCUUCGAAGGGUUUCAAUGAUAGACGUUCAAAGACGCCACCGAGUUCGGCUUCCAUGGAGAACCAAUAGUAGCUUGAUGUUGUCGGGGUCAGCUCAACCUGAAUCUGUAUAAGUAUCUGUUGUAUGUUGAUUAGUAGUAUUUUAAGUGUAUCAGAGUCGUUUGACAGCUUUCUUUGUCUCUGUAUCUUGUGAAAAACUCAACUUUCUAUGAC